AUGGCUGAACUGCACGAUGCCUUGAAGUACCUUGGGCCAGUGGAGUGGAACGAUGUGCCCCAGGACAACCUCCAGCAGUACCUCGCCCAUUGCUUCACUGCUGGCGAGCUCAUCUGCAACUCGGUCCCGCCCAAUCCCAAUGGCACCGCAUUCAAAGAAGCGAAGCCUCACCACCGCAAGCCCAAUGCCGCCAAGUCCCAUAAAGAAAUCCAUCCUUCGGCUGCGCGGUCGCAUCCGCCGGACGAGGAGCAUGGAAAGCUCCAAAAGAAUUGGGGAAAACCGAUGAAGUUCAAAGCCUCGGACAAUCCGCUUCAGGUAUCCGUGUACAAGAUGGCCGGACACGAUAGACAUGGGGCAUGGUUUGCACGGCAAAGCGUGCAUGAGGGCCUUGGAUUUGAUAAGUUCAAGCGGGCUAUGAUGCGCGAGUUCUCAGAGAGUCUGGCCGUCUCUGGAGGUCCAGGCGCAGGCGCUGUCCGCGGACUUGCAGCAGACCGCCGUCUUCAAAGGAUAGACGUGGACGGUGUCGGCAGACUGGAGGUAUACCAACUCAGCGCUCAAUUUCCCGGGCCAGUGACACCACGAGACUUCAUGGCAAUGCUACUGGAGAGUGACGAUGUCCUGUCAGAAAGAAGUGCUGCUGAAUUGGAAGGCGGUAAGAAGCAUAUUCCCCGGCACUUCAUGAUUCUAUCGAGACCUGUUGAGCACCCGGAUGCGCCUCAUCGCUCUGGCUUCGUGCGAGGACAAUAUGAAUCAGUAGAGAUGAUACGCGAAAUACCUCUCUCGACAUCAAAGACCAAGUCAACACCGAAUCUACUGGCCAAUGCGGGUUCUGAAGACCAAAAACCCAGGGAGCGUGGGCACACGGUUGGUUUUGCUGAGUCGCGCGGCGAGGAAGCAAAGGGCGAGCAGAUGGACAAGCCACAGGAUCCAACAGACGACGCUGAACUAAACCCAGUAGAAUGGACUAUGAUCACCAGAUCAGAUCCUGGUGGGGGCAUUCCUCGAUUCUUGGUUGAACGAGGCACGCCUGAGACAAUGCUUGCUGAUGUCCAUAAAUUUUUCGAUUGGGCUUGUAGCCUGGAGCAUAUUCCUCAUCCGGACGACGACUUGCAAGAGCAACAGAAGACAUCAGAACGAACGACAGAACAAGAACGGAGUGGAGGCAUCGCACCUGUAGCUCUUGAUGGUAGUCAACAGGUGACGUCCGUGGAGCAGGGUCGCUCGUCGAUUCAAGGGGCUUCAACAGAACCAGUCCCCUCCAACCAAGACAGUCAGGGUACGGAGGGUCUGUUGAGCAAUAUUGGCAAAGCUCUCGAAGCCGGUGUGGAAUCCUAUGCACCGGUUUCGGUCUCCGGCAUGCUUCACCAGCGACUCCAUCCAACUGAACAGGAGUCGUCAGACGACUCGUCCGAUGCGUCAUCAAUUGACUCGUUCUUAUCCGCAGAAGAAAUGACACGAAUGACCACGGCGCCUGAGGAAGCAGGACAACAAGCGAACGAUUCUGCCGACACUCUGAGCUUGGCCAGUGGCGUUUCGGAUUCCUCGAAAGAUAAGAGGGCUCUGAAUUCUCACGAUAAGGAGGUGCAGAAGCUGGUGAUGAAACGGGAGAAGCUUGAUCAGCAGUUGGCAAAAAAGCGCAUGGCGGAAGAGAGUAAGCUGAAACAGAGCCAAGAAAAAGAGGAAUCAGAGCAGAAUAAAGUUAGGGAGGAGAUGGAGAAGAAGCUCAAGAAGACGGAGGAGAAGCAUCAGAAAGAACUCGAGAAACUUGAGCGGAAGAAGGCAAAGGAAGCUAAGAAGGCCGAGGAGAAGCGUAGAAAGAAAGAUGAUCAGAACAAGAUUUCCCUGGUCACUCGGGAACGAGAUGAGUUUAGGAACCAGAGCGAUCUGCAUCGAAGGGAGAACACGCUACUGCGCGAGCAGAUUGCCGAGCUACAGCACCAGAACACAGUCAUGGCGCAGAAGCUCGGCAAGAUCGGAGGGCCCGAUGUCUUGAAGACCUUGCAGGAGAAUUCUGGUCACAAGCGGUCGAAGAGUGUCAAGAGCGUCGGAAGUGCUCAGAGCACGGAUGCCUUGCCGGAGAAGAAGGCGGACGGCAAGGUGGCUUCAUCUGCAUCCUAG